CCCCGCCGAGUUUGACUCGUUCAUUCUUCGUCGCAGCCUCAUUCCGUCUCACGCCGUUCUGUCAACGAUAUGACUGCCGAAGCUGCUGCACAUGCACACUCUGUGAUCAUGAGUGUCGGCAACCGCGUGGAAAUUGUCGAGGCCGGUAAGGAGAGGCGGCGGCGUUGCGGAGUGCUGAAGUUUAUCGGCGAGACGCACUUCUGUGCGGGCACUUGGUGUGGCGUGUUACUCGACAAUCCGGUCGGAAAGAACGACGGGACGGUGGACGGUGUGAAGUACUUCGAGUGUCCGGUCAAUCGCGGAUUGUUUGUGGCGAUUUCGAAGGUCAGAUUGGAGCCGGAUUCGUUGCCCGCUGCGAAGCCGGCCUUACAGGCGCGUUCGAAGAUAGCAAGACCUUCGAAUGGUGGAAGAAAAGUUGGGAAAAGGGUUGAGACUUGUGGCCAAGAAAAUGUUAGAGAAUUUGAUUCUAAGCCACCCCCACAACAUCAUCAACAACAGAGAGGCAGUAGUGUGAAACAUCAGACAAUAGGAACGGAACGGUUGGCUUUAGUGGCUAGAGCCCCAUCAUCUCAGAGUCAUGGAUGGAAGCAUCGGGCGGAGAAAGGGCACGGAGUAAGCAAGAGGAGUGGAUUGAGAUCGGAUAGUGAGUCAUCAACCAGACAGUCUACAUCAUCAUGUGAGGCUACAGAAAGCGAGAAAAGAAAGAACACGUUUACCAUCCAACAUCAUCAGCCUUCAGAGCCAAAAUCCUCAACAGAAACAAAGAAUAAAGACUCAGUAACAAAGAAUAAAGACUCAGUGGAUAUGGAAGAAGACGACAGUGACGUAUUGAUUGCCAACAUAUCACCAUGUGUCAUGAUUCCUGUUGCAUUCAGCACUCCAGUUGCCGCCCGGUUUGGCAGUGAUAGUCACAGUAAUACGCAGUCUACUGCAUUGCUUACUCCCGAGUCGGAGGCGGUGAUGUUGGUCGAAGCAAAUCGAGUUGGUAGGGAGUUGAGGCAAUCGGCUCUUGCCACGGGGUUGGGGAAUGUGGGUACAGCAGGAAGGGGAGCGGAUGUGCAGCUUGCUGAGGCGAUGAAAGUGGUUGGUUGUUUGUGUGAAAGAUUGAGUCAUGGAUGUUGUGUGUUUGAUGUGCUGGCGGUCGUCGUUGGUCACUUGAGUGGGAAGUUGGAGAGAUCGCAGAGAAGUAAAUGGAAGGCGUGGGAUUGUUGUGAAGAGUUGCAGUGCAGGGUACAAGAGAGUUCUGACAGAUUAACGGCAUUGGAAUUAGAAAAGGCUCAUCUUCAACAACAGUACAAGGCACUUUGUGCAACAGCUGAAGAUGAACAGUCAAAGUACACCGAACAAUUAAAAGUUUUAGAAUCCAACAACGAGCUAUUGAGAUCUCAAAUCAAUACACUGAAAACUGAAUACGAAACAACGAAGAGAAACCUUGAAGAAGGAGAUGAAGCUUCGUCUAGCAAAACGAAAGAACCGGCUACAUAAUAACAACACAAAAUGUGACGUCAUGAAUUAAUUUAAAUUUCUAGAUAUUUCUUGGUUAUAUGAGGAAGUUAGGAUAUGACAAAUACAUUGCAUUGUUUAUUAGAUAUUUGGUUUGGUUUCUUUGUUUAUCAGUAGACAAGAAAGUUUCUUUUCUCGUCGUUGUGUUGGA